UACCUAGACGGGGUUGGGUCGUUCAUUGGCCUGUCUGCGUCUAUAUAUAUGGGUACUGUAAAAUAAAGGUUAAAUGGUUUGCAGGGCAGGCUGCAGCUUUGUAGGAAGAAAGGGUGAACAUCGAGCAGGGCUGAGAGAGGCGGGCGAGAAGACAUGGCUAGCACGCUAGACGUUGAUUCCCCUUGGAAAGUCUUGUCUCCGGGGUCUGGGCCUCCAGCGGGGGAAAAGGGAGAAUUCUCCGGCGCCUCCUUAAGUCUCAGCCCAGCCUCCUGCUGCCUCCCCGCCCCCGGGCUCUGGCCCUCCUUCCCCGCCAAUUCGCCCAAGUCUUAGAAUAAAGUUCGGGGCGGGCGGGUUUCCCUUUAGCAAAGACCGAUCCAGAGUCGGUGGCGGCUCUUCGUUGCAGGACGACCCCCUCGCUCUCCCUCGACCACCAUGGCCUCGGCCGAGCUGGCCCAGAAGCUGCAGCGCCGACUGCUGCGGGACGGGAGCACCUCGGAGCCCGUUCCGGGGGAGGAGGAGGAAAGAGAUGAGAGUCCUGCGCUCGGGGGUGUUGCGCCUGCGAGGUCGGAAGGGUCCGAGUCCAGCCUGGUGGACCCGGACGAGGACUCGAGCGUGUUGAAUGCCGCCGCUGACCCGGAGCUGAGCGCCAAACUGAGCCGCAGACAAGACAUCAACGCGGGCGCGGCUCGCCCCCGCUUCGCCCAGGUUUUCAAUCCCUACACGGAGUUUAAGGAGUUCACCCGCCGCCAGAUCAAGGAUAUGGAGCGCCUGUUCCGACUGUAUGAUUCUGGGAAGGAUGGCUACAUUGACCUUAUGGAGUUAAAGCUAAUGAUGGAGAAACUUGGUGCGCCUCAGACUCAUCUAGGCCUGAAGAACAUGAUCAGGGAAGUGGAUGAAGAUUUUGAUGGCAAACUAAGUUUCCGUGAGUUUCUGCUCAUUUUUCACAAAGCAGCAGCUGGUGAACUUGAAGAAGACAGUGGCUUGUUGGCUUUAGCAAAGCUCUCCGAGAUAGACGUUGCCCUUGAGGGUGUAAAAGGAGCCAAGAACUUCUUUGAAGCAAAGGUUCAAGCUUUGUCUUCAGCCAGUAAGUUUGAAGCAGAAAUAAAAGCAGAGCAGGAUGAGCGAAAACGUGAAGAGGAGGAGAAGAGGCACCGCAGAGCAGCCUUUCGAGAGCUCAAGUCAGCCUUCAGCAGUCAGUAACUGAGGCAAAGCAUCUUCCACCCGAGACUGAUGCAUGUCCUUAAGCGCUGUGCCUUUGACUGUGCCUUUGACUGGAUGCCUACUGGAGGGGAAACACAACUGACUUCUAUCUUUUUCCAUCCCCCGCAACUUCUAACUUAGAUGCUUGAGUUACACCACACACAACAGCAUUCAGAGUGGUGCCAGUGCUAAGAGUGGUUUGUAACUGAGUGAGCAAUUAGCAUUGCUAAGAAGGACUAAUGCGGAAGCCCCAGACAGAAGAUUGGAACAUCUGAUACAUAACAGUGCUGACGCAUUACAAUUUGGUCAGAAAAUAGGUAGAAGAUACUGUGUCAUACUGAAUGUCUCUGCCUUCAUAGCUCUAAUUUUCUUAGGCUUCCUUUUCUGCAUUAUUUUUAGCUUCUCCUUAAUGUCUUGCUUCCAGAAGAACAGAGGCUUCUUCUAGGUACAGGCCAUUCUCUGUGUAUACAAACAAAUGCCUCCAAUCGCUUGUGUAUCCUCCUUGUGCUCCAUGACCUAGCAAGCAGGCUUCCGGGGCUCUCCUAGUUAUCGGGGAAGUACCCAUUACUAGAUUUUAGCUGGGAUCCAAAGUGCUUUUUUGUGUGAGUGGAAGAUGCUUCUCUGAGCACAAGGAGGGAAUGCCCCCAGUUUCCACCAUUUCCUCUCUCUGGUUACAGAGCUCCAGACCACAUCCCACAUUAUUCUGGAAGGCUCUCACCCUUUCAGAAAAGCUUUUUAGGGGCUGCAAAGGGCUACAGUGGGAAGGAGGAGGCAGGAAAGCCCUAUUGCUUGAGCGGUAUGCCACUUGCGCAUCUCUGGAUGAAAGUUUAUAUUCUCUUGUAUAGAUGCUGUUCAAAGGUCACCCUCCAAUUUCCCCCUUUCCACAUGUAUGUGCACAUGGCUGCACUCUAGACAAGAAAUAGUACUACUAAUAGGUUUUCUGACUCUCCUCCUUUGGUCACAUUCCAUUGCAUAUUCUGUUUGGGUCCAUAGCCUUUUUGUUGCAUUUGUUGUUAAUAACCCUUGGCUUUCAAGAAGCAAAGAAACUUCUAUCAGUUAUGUGUUUAGGGAGGUGGGUAGUACAGUUUGGGGACACAUCAGCUUUCCACCCCUGGAAAUCGUCACACUCUUGGUGCCUAUGGGUGGCAAUGCAACUUCUUCUAGACAGUUUAUAAUUACUUUAAUAAAACUGCCAACAAUUCCAGCAACUCUUGCUUGCAAGGGAAAAUAGCAUAUACAUUCCAAAUCAAGCAAGCACCAUGUUAUGUUGUUCAACAAGCUUAUACAAUAUUCAGAAUUUACACUUGUGCAAACGUCGGUCAGGCCCGCCCCAGGCUCCAACUGUACCUGAGGUUGCACAUUGAGGAGCCCCUCACCCCACCCCCAUCGGUGCCUGGAGCUCACCACAUCACUCUUUCCCACCCGCCCUCACUGCCAUGUGACACACACUGCAUGCUGCUCUUCUCUCCCCCCACCCUGGCUGGUGGAGGGCGAACCUUUUUUCUCUUCCUCACCCUUUUCCACCAGCAGAACGUGAAUUCUUUCCUCUUGGCCCCUUCCCUGAACUUCUGCUGUCACUAUUCAACCUCUACUGCCUCCCAUUUCCUGAUUUUUGGAAAGACAGAAGACGGGAAGUGGAAGGAAGUGUGGAGUAGUAGAGUGGUGGGCUAGAUAGACUACCUCUUUACUUUUCCACACUUCCUUCCACUGCUUGCUCUCUGCCCUUUGUCUUUCUAAAAGCCAGGGAGAAUGAGGAGAAGACAAUGGCAGCAGUUGCUGCCAGAUAAAGGGAAGUGGGGAGUGCAGAUUAAGUAAGGCAACCAACAGGUAUGGAACACCUUCCCACCACCUCUGCCAGUCUGCCACCCAAGGCAGCUGUUUCAUCACAGCUCCUUAGAGAAGGAGGCUGUCAUCUUCUUUGCCAAGCCUGUUUAUUGAUCACAAGCCAGAUAGCACAUUCUUAUCUCUCUCACUUUUUUAGCUUCUUACACUGUGACACUAAACUGUGAGUGUGGAAUAACACAAGGGAGCCCAUCCAAUAGUAAAUAAUGGGUGAGAGAACUGCUAAAAUAUUAAAACUGUAUUUGCCAGUCCACAGAUUAUAUUUGAUAAAAAUCACACUUUUUAGCUAAAAGUAUUUAUAAUAAAUGUUUUUAUACAUUACAAGGUUUGACUCCCGCCCCCCCCCCCCCCCUUUUCUGUUGCUUAGUUAUGCAAAUAAAAUGUUUUCUAACUGG